AUGGCACCAUACAAAGCACUCUAUGGUAGACCAUGUAGAUCACCUUUAUGUUGGGCGGAAGCAAGUGAAACUGUGUUAUUAGGACCUGAUUUGGUACAAGAAACAACAGAGAAGAUCAAAACUAUCAGACAACGCUUGCUUACAGCUCAAUGUCGGCAAAAGCAUUAUGCUGAUAGAAGAACAAGGCCAUUGAAGUUUAAUAUUGGGGAUCAUGUAUUCCUUAAAGUUUCCCCUCGAAAGGGAGUUAAAAGAUUUGGAAAGUCUGGAAAAUUAGCCCCACGAUUCAUUGGACCUUUUGAAGUACUACAACAGAUUGGGGAAGUAGCUUACAAGUUAGCACUACCACCUCAAUUUUCGAAUGUUCAUAAUGUAUUACAUGUCUCUAUGCUUCGAAAAUAUGAACCAGAUCCAGCACAUAUUUUAGAUUGGGGAGAACUAAACAUAGAUGAGUAA